CGACGCCGACCAGGGGCUCGCCGUCGCCGCGAUGCCGCAGUCGGUCCUGGUCGACCGCGCGACCAGUGAAUCGCUGAUCGGGCCCGACUGGUCCCUCAACCUCGAGAUCUGCGAUAUCCUCAAUCACGACCCCUCGCAAGCCAAAGAUGUAGUGAAGUCUAUCAAGAAACGGAUUGGAAACAAGAACUCAAAGGUCCAGCUUCUCGCGCUAACAUUGCUGGAGACGCUGAUUAAAAAUUGUGGAGAUUUUGUUCAUAUGCAUGUUGCCGAGAGGGAUAUACUCCACGAAAUGGUGAAGAUAGUUAAGAAAAAGGCUGAUUAUCAUGUAAAAGAGAAGAUACUCAGUCUAAUAGACACCUGGCAAGAUGCUUUUGGUGGUCCUCGUGCAAGAUAUCCACAAUAUUAUGCGGCAUAUCAAGAGCUGCUGCGUGCUGGAGCUGUAUUUCCUCAAAGAUCAGAGAGUUCUGUGCCAAUCUAUACUCCACCACAGACUCAACCUCUACAAAACUACCCUCCUCCUGCUUUACGUAAUACUGACUAUCGGCAGGAGGCACCUGAAUCAUCUUCAGCGUCAGAAAUACCUACAUUGAGUGCGGCAGAAAUUCAGAAUGCACGUGGUGUGAUGGAUGUUCUCUCGGAGAUGUUAAAUGCUAUUGAUCCUGGAAACAGAGAGGGUUUAAAGCAAGAGGUUAUUGUGGACCUCGUGGACCAAUGUCGGUCUUACAAGCAGAGAGUGGUGCAGCUUGUCAACACAACCUCCGACGAGGAGCUGCUAAGUCAGGGCCUUUCAUUGAAUGAUGAUUUGCAGCGUGUUCUAGCAAAACAUGAUGCAAUUGCUGCAGGCAUAGCGGUUCGGGUAGAAAAGCCAAAACAAGAAGCCCCUGCGAGUAGUUCUCCACCAACAAAGCCAGAGGGGACAAAAGAGCCGCCUCAAAGGUCUUCUGAAGCUGCUAGUAACAUGACUCCAUUUGAGCAAUUAGCACUUCCUGCACCUCCAUCAUCGAGCACUUCAAAGCCUCCUGGAGAAACAUCUGUUGGCCCUAGUAUCGACCUACUUAGUGGAGAUGAUUAUUUCAAGCCAGAACCUGCUAAUUCCCAAGCACUUGUUCCUGUUGGCAAUCUGCCUGCAGCUUCAGCUUCAGGCCACAAUACCUUAGAUCUUGUAGACAUGUUUUCGCAAACCAAUGUUAGCAAUAACAACCAGAACCCUGCCAUUUCGUCACCAAUAUUAAACUCAAAUCCUCUCUCGGCACCACAAGCAUAUCCUGCUCCACAGCAUCCUGUUCUAUCGCAGCAGCCUUCUCCGUUUUCUAAUGGCUUGACUUCCAAUACAAUGCCAACUUACAAUCAAGGUUCUGACCUGAACUCUUCAAGUCCAUGGAAUGGUCAGUUUGCUCCAGGAACGAUGCAACCACAUCAGGCACCAAACUAUGGUCAAGAUGAUCAGAGCAGCGACCUCCCGCCACCACCGUGGGAAGCAGAAAUUGCUCAAGCCCAACCUGCUCAAGUAGGUCAGCCUGGGCAAGUUUCACCAUCGCAACCAUUGCUGACUGGACAACCAGGGGGAAUGCAGUUUCCACCAGGAUAUUUGGAGCAACCUGGGGCUCAACAUCCGCAAUCCAUGCCAAAUGCACAGUAUGGAGGCAUGUAUCCUCCAAUGCAAGGCAACCAAGCAGCUGGCAUGUAUCCCCACCAGCAGAUGGCAGGAGAUAUCUACCAGCAGCAGAUGUAUGGUGGCCAGAUGGCCGGUUAUGGCUAUGGUCAGCAGUCUGGAGGUUAUGGCUAUGCUCCGAAUGCUGCAUAUGGGUAUACCGGUGCAAACGAGCUUUCUCAGAGAAUGAAUGGGCUUGCCAUGCAAAACAACAGUUUGUAUGGCGCACCUGCAUCUUCUCCCCUUCAGCAGGCUAGUCGACCAGCAAGGCCUGAAGAUUCACUCUUUGGUGAUCUGGUUAGCAUCGCCAAAACAAAGCCUGGCAAAACUGCAGCUAAUAAGGCUGGUGAAUUGUAAAGUUGAAUGAGAUCCUUGUUUUCUGUCACAGCAAUAGUUUUUGCUCAUAGUACAUAAGUUGUUUGGAAAGUUUCCCUAUUGGGAAGGUACUAGUAGGUCGAGUUAUAGAUUUGAAAUUCAUAGAAAUGUGGUUCGGUGUAAAUUUUAAAUUCCUUGAGUCAUAUAUAUUUUUGUUUACUUUUUUUACAA